AUUCGGCGCCGGAGGUUAGCGGCUACCACUUUGUUCAAGCGGACGAACGACGUUCACACUCCAUACGUAACUCCUAUCGCCGUCAAACCAUAAUUGGCAGGAAUUCAACAAUCCUUAUUUACGACAUGCCAACCGUCUUGUUUACUUAAGUCGUCCUUAUCGAAAGAGACUUGCAUCGACUCGUCAUUGACAUGGAUCACGAUCGACUAGUUAACAAAUUAAUGGAAAUAUGCGACGAUUACGAGGAAGCGGAUGAACGCUUUCGCCCAUCAAGCCAACUCUACCAACCUUACAAUGGUCAAAUACAGUUAGCCAUCUACGUGAAUUCGGGCUUGAUAACUGUUCAUAUAAUUGAAGGGAAGAAUUUAAAUCCUACUAAUGCAAACGAACCGUGCCAUUCUUUCGUUCAGGUCAAUCUGGCGCCGGAUCGGGGUGGGAGGACGACCUGUAGAACGGAAACGAUUUACUGCAACCGCUGUCCCGUUUACGAUGAAAAAUUCUCAUUUGAACUCCUGGAAGGCGACGAGCGCAAAAGGGUUAUUAUAGCUGUAUGGCAAACUCAUUACGUUGAUGCAAGGUAUGAUGAAUUUCUUGGAUGUACGUCAUUUGGUGUCAAAAGUAUUAUUGAUGGGAAGAAAACUGUGGACGGCUGGUACUAUUUGUUAACACAAGAUGUGGGCAUAAGGAAACACUUGAGAGCGUCAAAGAAAAAAAAUCAAUUACGCAGAGAACUUAGCUCCGUCGAUUUAUCUUCUAGUCUCUUGCAAUCCGAACAAUCAACUUGGCUUGAAUCAAAAACGGUAACGCCAUCUAGCGGAUUUUUAGAACACAUAGUAUUUUCACUAAAAUCCUUUAUUAACUUUGUCCAAUUACAGCUACUGUUAAAAAGAGAUAAUAGUGGUUAUGGUUUUACAAUAACUGGUAAAUCUCCAGCAAGAGUUUGUAAAGUUGAUAAAGGUUCUCAAGCAAUUUUGGCUGGCCUACAAUGCAACGAUGUGAUAAUUCGCUUAGAUAAUAUAAACGUUUCAAAAUUAUCUGCAGACGCAGUAGUUCGACUAAUUAGAAAUUGUCCUCAUUACAUGGUUUUGGAAAUACAAAGGUUACGUCAACCAGAAUUAUCAUUUCAAAAGGAAAAUAUCUUUCCGCUUCAUUUGUAAAUAUUUUUAAAACGAACGAAUAAAGGAGAAGAAUAGAAAUAUAUGGACAUUCUUUAUUUAUUCUUUAUUCAAAUAUAUUUAAUCCUUUGUUUUUAUUGGUGCUAUGAAAACAUUUUUAAUUAAUAAACAACUAAUUUAUAAUACUAUACUGGUAUACUUUCU